UAAAAAUGCAUUUUUUUUUUAAUUACUUCUUCAAAAUCGCAUCUAUCUUGUGGAGGCUGGAGGCUAGCCCGAUAACGCAAUUCACCAAGUGGAGCUUAGUGGUGAAAUUUGCAUCUGGAGCAAUUGCAGAUAUAAUUUUCGAAAGUCCGCCGAACUUCAUCUAUCCUCUACCUUCUAGUGGCGCCUACUCAGGCUUCCACUCUUUCACUGGUAGGGGAAUGAGAGUUUUGCGAAGUCUUGAGGUCUGGAAACUGGGAAUUGUGAACUAUUUGGAUGCAUUAAAACUGCAGGAAAAGCUAGUCUUGGAUCGUAAAUCCCAUAGGAUAUGUGAUACUCUUCUGUCCUUGCAACAUCCACCUACAUAUACUGUUGGCAAACGACGAACUGAUCACAAUUUAUUGAUUCCACAGUCUGAACUUGAACGGGUAGGGGCUGAGCUUCAUUACACGCAAAGGGGAGGAGACAUUACAUUUCAUGGUCCACACCAAGCCAUUCUAUAUCCUGUUAUAUCCCUUCGUGAGAUGGGACUCGGUGCUCGAAGUUAUGUGGAGAAACUCGAGUUGACUAUGAUUGAACUUGCUGCUCUGUAUGGUGUGAAAGCUUGUCCUGGACAGGCUGGUGAGACAGGGGUAUGGGUUGAGCAAAGGAAGAUAGGCGCAAUUGGUGUACGGAUUUCUAAUGGAAUCACUUCUCACGGGCUGGCGUUUAAUAUGGAUCCUGAUCUGUCCUACUUUGGGCACAUAGUUCCCUGUGGAAUUACCGAUAAAGAGGUCACUUCUUUGAGAAGAGAGACAGGUCUUGUCCUUCCUGGUGAAGAGACAAUUCAGGAGCAACUGGUUUCUUGUUUUGCAAGGAAUUUUGGUUAUAGUAGUCUUAUCUGGAAGGAGGGUACUCCAGUACUUUCCGAUAAGGAUGAUACAAAAUGAGAUAUAAUUAUUUUGUGAAUUGAUGGUUGUAUAACUUUUAUUCUGCCUUUCUUUAAUUCUUAGGAAAAUCUUCUAAUAGAAGUCAUUGCCCAUUGCGCAUAUACACACACGCGCGUUACGGUGUAAGAAUUUUUUUUUUUUGGCAUAUAAUGGAUGAAAAAAGCAGAGUGAUGGAGA